ACUCAGGUUACUGUCUCACAAGGUUUCUCCUCACUUUCAAAGAAUACAACCUUUUCUAGCCUUGUUUUAUUCGGCCCGACGUUUGUUCCAUACUUAUCUUCCAAUCAACGAAAGAUUGCCGCAUCAUCAUCAGCACGAACCUGCUUGAUUACAGCGAAAGAACCUAAAGAAUGUCGUUUUCAAGUUUCUCGCCAGGGAACCUCGGCGACAGCUCACUCGAUGAGUUUGGCGAAGAAAUUCGACGUCGAUUCGAUCCACUGUACAGCCCGAUGCACCGAGACGUUCCCGAGAGCAAGCUUGUCAUUUACACGCCUUCCAAGAAGGUCUCUCAGCUUCAGGUGAAGCAUCCCCGAACUGGUUCUAUUGAGCUGGACAUACCCACUGUCGUCGUAUCCAUCGACGGAGCCUGUCGUGGGAACGGAACUCCUUCGGCGCGAGGUGCUUGGGGUGUGUAUUUCGGACCGCGAUCCCCUCACAACGCAAAUGGCCUGCUGGAUCCCAGUUUUCCGCAGACGAGCAACCGUGCCGAGAUCGAAGCGCUAGUGCAGGCCCUGCACAUCAUCGAAAGGGAUAUUUCGAAAGACAUGUCUUUAAUAGAAAUACGCAUUAAAUCGGACUCACUCUAUCUUGUGAGAUCAAUGUCGGAAUGGAUCGAAGGCUGGAUUGAGAACCAUGGGCGUAACGAUGAAGGACGGCCAGUGAAGCAUUAUGCUGCUCUUAAAGGAAUUCAUGAGAGACUUGACGAGAUGGAAUACAGUGAUGGUGGCCUAGACUUUAAGUUCUGGCAUGUCCCGCGAGAGCAAAACAGGGAGGCAGACGAGCUUGCGAAUCAAGCGUUUGAUAGCUAAAGGGUCAUGGAGUAUCAUUAUAAACUUGCAACACCUUACACUUUUUCUACCCCAGGAUGCUUCUCGUCCCCAUGAAUCGACAGGGAGGGUGAGGGGAAAUCCUCGACAAUGACC